AACAUCAUCCUCGACUUUCGAGGUGUACUCAUUUGUACAAGGACAAUACCAUUGAAGCUUCAGGCGCUUGGAUGAAGUAGACAAAACCGAGACUCGGCUCCAGCCCGCUCUCACAAUGGCCUCGACAUCAACAUCACCACCAGAAGCGGCACCCUCAACCUUCUCACCUUCACAACCCCCCAGCAACAGUAGCAGCAGCAGCAGCAGCAGCAGCAGCUCCCCCAGCUCUCAGCCCCAGACCCCACCACACUCCCAACAACAACCACCACGCCCAAUCCCACGCUUCCUCGAAAACGACCCAGCCCGAACAGGCUACGACCCGCAAGUAAAGUGGUGGAUCAACCUGUUCAAAAUCUACACCCACCAAAUCACACCCGAAGGGGUCGAGCACUACCGAGAGGACCGGUACAAGGCCAACGAGGCGCGCGACUGUGCGCGGUGCGAGGCCGACCGGGACUACCUGUUCGCCUACUCGCCCGUGAUCCGGUUUUUGCGGGACAAAGUCGCCGCGCUCAACGGCGAGCUGGACAAGAACAACGUCGUGUGCAGGCGGUGUCCGGCUCGUGUGGCCGAGGAUGGGACAGUUGUUCGUCAGUCCGGGGGUUUCAGUCCGGAGCAUGGGAUUUUGAUUUGUGCCAAUGAGAUGAGGGAUCGCGGGCAUUUGGAGGAUACACUGGCCCAUGAGAUGGUGCAUGCGUGGGAUCAUCUCAGGUGGAAGGUGGAUUGGCAGGGGGGGAAGGGGUUGAGGCAUGCGGCUUGUACCGAGAUCCGCGCGUCGAUGCUCAGCGGGGAAUGCCGGUGGGUGAGAGAAUCAUGGACACGAGGCAACUGGACGCUCACACAGCAGUUCCAAGACUGCGUGCGGAAGCGGGCGAUUCAGUCUGUCAUGGCGAGGCCGACGUGUAAGGACGAUGUACAAGCGACCAAGGUGGUCAACGAGGUCUGGGACUCGUGCUUCUCAGACAAACGGCCGUUUGAGGAAAUUUAUCGCUGAGUUGCUGCCACACGAUCUUGGUCCACCUGGUGUAAUUCAAUGCUUGUAUACUAUAAUGAGCUUCUCUCAUGACCUAGCAGCGUUGGAAAUCAAGUAGACAUAUGAAGAUAGACAGA